GGAGUUUGGAUGCCGCCGCUGCCGCGGGCUGGAACGGCGCGGCGCGGGGGCUGCCAGGGUAUUUCGGGAAGGGGGCGUGAGGAGGUGGCGGCUGCGGCGGCGGCUGCGUGUGCGGGCAGCCCAGGGAAAGAGAAAGAAAGGCAGGAAGAGGGCGGGGAGUCCUCCGAGGAGGAGGCGGGACCGGCCGGGAUCCUCACCUCUCGGUAGCGGCGGCUGGCGGCUCGGGAGGCGGUGCCGCCCCCUCCCGCGGACCCCGGAGCGCAGCCGGCCGCCGACCCGCCGGCCCCGGGCAGCGGCCGAGGCUACUGGGGCGGCGGCGGCGGCGGCGGCGACCGCCAUGGCGUUCCUGAAACUCCGUGACCAGGCCUGAGAGUGGAAUUGAAACAAUACAACUACUGCUUCCACCAGAGGAAAAUAGUAUGGGGAUUCCUAUUAUGCCAUCACUGGUGCAAGCUAUAUUUAAUGGAGAUCCUGAUGAAGUUCGAGCACUAAUAUUUAAGAAAGAAGAUGUUAACUUUCAGGACAGUGAAAAAAGAACUCCACUGCAUGCUGCUGCCUAUCUUGGAGAUGCAGAGAUCAUUGAACUGCUUAUUUUAUCUGGAGCUAGAGUUAAUGCCAAAGACAGCAAAUGGUUGACACCUUUACACAGAGCAGUUGCAUCUUGUAGUGAGGAAGCAGUUCAGGUACUUUUGAAGCAUUCUGCAGAUGUUAAUGCUCGAGACAAAAAUUGGCAAACCCCUUUACACAUAGCUGCUGCUAAUAAAGCCGUAAAGUGUGCUGAAGCUUUGGUACCUCUUCUGAGUAAUGUGAACGUGUCUGAUCGAGCAGGGAGAACUGCAUUACAUCAUGCAGCUUUCAGUGGACAUGGUGAGAUGGUCAAACUACUCCUGUCUAGAGGUGCCAAUAUUAAUGCUUUUGACAAAAAAGAUAGACGAGCUAUCCAUUGGGCAGCUUAUAUGGGUCACAUUGAAGUAGUGAAAUUACUUGUGGCACACGGAGCUGAAGUGACGUGCAAGGAUAAGAAGUCUUACACACCUCUUCAUGCUGCAGCCUCUAGUGGAAUGAUCAGCGUAGUCAAGUACCUUUUAGACCUUGGAGUUGAUAUGAAUGAACCAAAUGCCUAUGGGAAUACACCUCUUCAUGUAGCCUGCUAUAAUGGACAAGAUGUUGUAGUGAAUGAACUUAUAGAUAGUGGUGCUAAUGUAAAUCAGAAGAAUGAGAAAGGAUUUACUCCUUUGCACUUUGCUGCUGCCUCAACACAUGGAGCGCUGUGCUUAGAGCUCCUGGUGGGCAAUGGGGCCGACGUCAAUAUGAAGAGCAAAGACGGGAAAACCCCACUGCACAUGACUGCCCUCCACGGUAGAUUCUCCAGAUCACAAACCAUUAUCCAGAGUGGAGCUGUAAUUGACUGUGAGGAUAAAAAUGGAAACACCCCUUUGCACAUAGCAGCAAGAUAUGGCCAUGAGCUGCUAAUCAACACUCUUAUUACAAGUGGUGCUGACACUGCAAAGCGUGGCAUACAUGGAAUGUUCCCCCUCCAUUUGGCAGCCUUGAGUGGUUUUUCAGAUUGCUGCAGGAAGCUCCUUUCUUCUGGAUUUGACAUAGAUACCCCAGACGAUUUCGGUAGGACCUGUCUCCAUGCAGCUGCAGCUGGAGGGAAUUUGGAGUGCCUAAACCUUCUGCUGAAUACUGGUGCAGACUUCAACAAAAAGGACAAAUUUGGGAGAUCUCCACUGCACUAUGCUGCUGCCAACUGCAAUUACCAGUGCCUGUUUGCUCUUGUGGGAUCAGGAGCCAGUGUGAACGACCUUGAUGAAAGAGGAUGCACACCCCUGCACUAUGCAGCUACAUCAGACACAGAUGGCAAGUGCCUAGAAUACUUACUAAGAAAUGAUGCAAAUCCAGGGAUCCGGGAUAAGCAAGGAUACAAUGCAGUUCAUUAUUCAGCUGCUUAUGGUCACCGUCUAUGUCUUCAGCUGAUUGCAAGUGAAACUCCUUUAGAUGUUUUAAUGGAAACCUCCGGAACAGACAUGCUGAGUGAUUCAGACAAUAGAGCAACAAUAAGCCCUUUACACUUGGCUGCCUAUCAUGGUCACCAUCAAGCACUGGAAGUAUUGGUACAGUCUUUGUUAGAUCUUGAUGUGCGAAAUAGUAGUGGAAGAACACCCUUAGAUCUUGCAGCAUUUAAGGGCCAUGUUGAAUGUGUGGAUGUACUCAUUAAUCAGGGAGCCUCAAUCUUAGUAAAAGAUUACAUUUUGAAGAGAACGCCUAUACAUGCAGCAGCAACAAAUGGUCAUUCAGAAUGCUUACGACUACUAAUAGGAAAUGCAGAACCACAGAAUGCUGUAGACAUUCAAGAUGGAAAUGGACAGACUCCUCUGAUGCUGUCUGUCCUCAACGGGCACACAGACUGUGUUUACUCAUUGCUAAACAAAGGAGCAAACGUAGAUGCCAAAGAUAAGUGGGGGAGGACAGCAUUGCAUAGAGGGGCAGUUACAGGCCAUGAAGAAUGUGUAGAUGCAUUGCUUCAACAUGGUGCUAAGUGCUUAUUUCGGGAUAGUAGAGGGCGGACACCUAUCCACUUGUCAGCUGCCUGUGGACACAUUGGUGUUCUGGGAGCCCUUUUGCACUCAGCAGCAUCUGUGGAUGCAAAUCCAGCCAUAGCCGACAAUCAUGGAUAUACAGCACUUCACUGGGCUUGCUAUAACGGUCACGAGACAUGUGUAGAACUUCUUUUAGAACAGGAUGUUUUCCAGAAGAUAGAAGGAAACGCUUUCAGUCCAUUGCAUUGUGCUGUGAUAAAUGACAAUGAAGGUGCUGCUGAAAUGCUAAUUGAUACAUUGGGUGCCAGCAUUGUGAAUGCCACAGAUUCAAAAGGAAGAACUCCUCUCCAUGCAGCUGCCUUUACAGACCAUGUGGAGUGUUUACAGCUGUUGCUCAGCCAUAAUGCUCAAGUCAAUUCUGUGGACUCUUCUGGGAAAACACCUCUCAUGAUGGCUGCAGAAAACGGACAAACAAACACAGUUGAGAUGCUGGUUAGCAGUGCUAGUGCAGAUCUGACUUUACAAGACAACAGUAAAAACACCGCCCUCCAUUUGGCUUGCAGCAAGGGUCAUGAAACUAGUGCCUUGUUAAUACUGGAAAAGAUAACAGAUAGAAACCUCAUCAAUGCAACCAAUGCAGCCUUGCAAACACCUCUGCAUGUUGCUGCCCGAAAUGGGCUAACAAUGGUGGUUCAGGAACUUUUGGGCAAAGGAGCAAGUGUGCUUGCAGUAGAUGAAAACGGCUAUACCCCAGCUUUGGCCUGUGCUCCCAAUAAGGAUGUGGCUGAUUGCCUAGCUCUCAUUUUGGCCACCAUGAUGCCUGUCUCAUCAAGUAGCCCUUUAUCAUCCCUGACAUUCAAUGCCAUUAAUCGUUAUACCAACACCUCAAAAACAGUCAGCUUUGAAGCCUUGCCCAUCAUGAGGAAUGAACCUAGCUCCUAUUGCAGUUUCAACAACAUUAGCGGGGAGCCGGAGUACUUAUACGCCGAUGUGGACGAGCUCAAUGACUCCGAUUCAGAGACCUACUGAGAGGCUGAGCCAGUGUCUAAGGAGAGAGUUCUGACACUAACACUUCAAACUGUGCUUUUUCAGGAAAAGGGCACUUUCUUAUUCACAUACAAACUCAACCUAAGAGGAAAGAUCGCAGAGUGAGUGAAUAUAAGAAAUGUGACGACAUUAGAAGAAGACUUUUAAAGGCAAGUUUUGCAAAAGGAACCUCUAGAGUCUUGAAAUAGACUUGACCAGAGGAAAAUACUUUGGUGUCAGAUUGCUUUGUGGAAUUGUUUAAUUUGGUUUUGCAGUGCCAGGAAUAAUUUGGGACACUGUGCACCCUAAUCUGCUUACACAAGCAACACUAUUAUAAAAGAAGAGAUAAGGACACUAGAUUUAAAUCUUAUCAAUAGAACUACAAUUAAAUUUAAGGGCAAUAAAAGUUUGGUACAGUAGGCAUUAUGUGCACAGCAAAUUGCCAAAGGACCAAAUAACUUAAAGGCUUUCUAAUAGAAUGCCAUUUGGUGGAAACUGGAGUAGGUGAAAUGAAACAUUAUCUAAACCAAACUUUGGUAGUCUGAAAAUGAAGCUGAGAUUUGGUUUUAAAUGUUGAUUUUUUUUUAUUUAUUUUUUUUUUUAGAGAAAACAUCUGAAAGCCUUUGAACCCUGUAUAAACCAUGAGAGAAAGCAGAUGUAUUUUUACAUUUUUUUCUUUUACAUAAAUUUUUUAAAAUUCCAAGUUUUAUAAUAUUAGAAUUGAAAACCAGCUGACUGGGUGCAGUCAGGGUGAAAAUACUUGUGAUGUAGACAUGAGAUAGAUUGGGCUCAGGCUACUGUUGCCCAGUUUUGAAUGGUUUAGGUUUUAAAUUGAACUAUUUUUGUUUGAAAAUGUAAAGAAUUUCCUAGAAGAAAUUUUUAGAAAAUCCAAAAUUAGGUUAUUUUCACCCUAUUGCAGCUAAGUGGUCCUGGGGAAGUUUUCGACCUCACUACUUUGGAUGGUACACCAUCACUUACUGCUUUUGUGCCUCCAUGUGGAUCGGGCGUGUUUGUUGUCAUUGUUUAGUGAAGAAUCAAAUCACUUGUUAUUGAUACAUUAACAUCAUUAGGUCUCUUAGAAGUCAUUUGCAUAUUGGGCAAGAUUUAAAAUACUAAAAUCCUUAGGUCCUAUUCAGAUUUGGGGGAAAGAAGCAAUUGCCUGCCAAAUUGGAAGAUUGCCUUUCAAAUAACAGAGAGAGAGAGAGAGAGAGAGAGAGAAGGCUGACGUUUAGGCUUUUAAACAGUUUACAUGGUUCUGCAUUUACUAUAACUGUUGCUUUCCCAGUGAGAAUAAGUUCACACAUGUAGGGGGUCUUACAGGUCUGGGUAAAGUUCCAUAAAUUUUCACAAAAUUGAUACCCAAUUUCAUUUAUCUUUUUUGUAUUGUAAAACUGGAAACUUUAUGACACUGUAAAUUAUCAGCUGGUUUUUCUGAAUAGUGUGAAAACACAGAACAGUAUUUUGAUCUAUUUGAUAAUUUUGUGGGGUUUUUGAAGAAUUAAUGAGCAUGUACAUAGAAAUAGUGACUGCUUGAAUACUGUACUUACUUGCACUCUUUCAGUACAUCGAGAUUCCUGUAUAUUUUAGAGUAUAAUAAAACACAGAUGUGAGUUGUAUUUAAUGAAUAAUGUAUUUGUAUCUGUGCAUAUGACCUAAAAAUCUAUAAAAUUUCUAGGGCAUUGACUACUAGAUUUUAAGCAUUUUUCUAAAAUAUUUACAGAAAUUAUAAAUGUAAUCGUCCAUCAUUUCUUUAUAAUAUAAAAAAGUCAUAAAGGACCCUUCCUAAUUAUUACUGGUAGGAUGGUGAAAAUGCAUUUUAAAGACAGCAGACUACAUUUUCUAUUGUACCUUUUGAAAAAAGAAAAAAAACUCAAGAGGAUUCUAAAAGUAUACAUAUGUGUGCUUUCUCUUUCCUUUUAGGAAUUCUCUUCUGAAUUCCCUGAGGGAAUUUUCUAGAAUCUCAGAAUUGAAAGAGACCUGAGGUUCAUCCAGUCUAACCUCUUAACAAAUGCAGGAGUCCCUUCUCCAAGGGUGAUCUUUCCACCUUGAACACUUCCAGUGACUCUACCUCACCUCGCAGUCCAUUCAGUUGUUGAGCAGCUCUAACUGUUAGCAAGGUCUUCCUUAGAUGGAGCUGAAGCCUCCCUCCCGGUCACUUCUGUAACCUGGGCCGGGUCUGUCCUCCAAGAGAACACAGAACGUUGAAAUGCUGAUCCUCGUGCCCUCUGCCAUGUCUUCUCUCUUUCAGGCUGUGUUUGACUCACCUGCGCUGAUUUCCAGAAGGACUCGUUAGACACGCUGUUAGAUUUUCCAUAUCUGGUGAAAUCCAAGGUGUAACUAUAAAGUAACCAACUGUUUUUAAUUUGUCCUCACACAUAUCAGAACUUAGAUCUUGCAUCACUUUGUGUAAAUGAUGCUAUUAGUGAAAAUAUUGGUGAGAUGGUUCUUUGGAUUGUCCACUAGGAAAACUAUUUCAUUGCUUUGUGAUCCCAUUUUGUGAUAGUCUAUACCCCAGCCUGAUCAACCACUUCCUUUGGUCUGCACCUGAUGAAGGGAAGCCCAAAGUGCUGUCCCAAGUAAUAUCUGAACAGCGUAAGUCAUGUUGGAGUUAGUGCUUAGACGACUUGAAUGAAUGAACACAGCACCACAGUAAGUUCCUUUAUAGUUACACCUUGUAUGUUGACAGCAUUCAGGCCCUGCUCUGUAGUGGUUUAUCCUUGCACGGACAGAAAAGCCUGUUUGCUUUUAACUUCUGCAUGAAAGACGACAUCCGAAAUAUCUGAUGUGUAUUUUCAUAAUACCAGCUUCUGCUCUACAACUACUUUGGGGGAAAUGGUGGUAACAGCAGUUGGCCUCCUUUCACAAGACACCCGCCUCAAACAGUGCCAUUUAGUUCAGGAGAUCUCUACAUGUAGCUGUCAAUUUGGGGUUUAAUUUGGCUUAUACUGGAACCUUUUAAAUGAAAUAAAGUUUUUUAAUGCAAUAAA